AUGGGAGAUUUUGAAAAGGGUAAAAAGAUCUUCGUUCAAAAAUGUUCUCAGUGCCACACAGUUGAAAAAGGUGGAAAGCACAAGACAGGCCCAAAUCUUUGGGGUCUCUUUGGCCGUAAAACAGGACAAUCUCCUGGAUUUUCUUAUUCAGAGGCAAACAAGAGUAAAGGUAUUGUCUGGAGUGAAAAUACACUGAUGGAAUAUUUGGAAGACCCUAAGAAAUACAUUCCUGGAACAAAAAUGAUUUUUGCUGGCAUUAAAAAGAAGAAUGAAAGAGCAGAUCUCAUUACUUACUUGAAAAAAUCAACCUCUUCAUAA